AUGAGGAUGGAGAGACUGAAGUCGGUCUUUACCAAGGAUUCUUGCCAGAAGUAUUACAACUUGACAAGGAUCCUUGGCAAGGGGUCAUUUGCCACUGUCAAGCUAGCUGUGCGAAAGUCGGAUGGCACCAAGUGGGCGGUAAAGGUUAUCGAGAAAAUGGCGCUGAGCCAGGAAGACGAGGAAGCACUGAAGAACGAAGUUCAAAUUCUGGGGGCAAUGAAUCACCCCAACAUCGUUCGAUUGAACCAAGUAUUCGACUGCCAAAACUGUUUGUAUAUGGUCAUGGAGCUGUGCACCGGGGGGGAGUUGUUCGACCGCAUCGUCAUGAAGGACCACUACACAGAGAAUGAGGCGCGAGAUUGCAUCAUCCAGAUGACGAAGGCGAUAAUGUAUUGCCACCAGAAUGGAAUCGUCCACAGAGAUCUCAAGCCCGAGAACCUACUCUAUAGCGACUUCGAUGAAGGAACUGCCGUCCUCAAACUCGCCGACUUCGGCCUAGCUAAGCUUUGUACGGAGAACACCAUGCUGAACACGGCGUGCGGCACGCCGGGGUACGUGGCGCCUGAAAUCCUGGAGGGCCGGCCUUACGGCAAGGAGGUGGACAUGUGGAGCGUCGGGGUGAUCGCGUACAUCCUUCUGUGCGGCUUCCCUCCAUUCUACGACGAGAACAACUCGGCCAUGUUCAAGGCGAUAAAGCUAGGCAAGUACGACUUCCCGAGUCCGUUCUGGGAUGACGUCGAUUGCGAGGCGAAGGACAUGAUCGGCUGCCUCCUGGUCACCGACGCAGCAAAGCGGUAUUCUGCAGAACAGCUGUUGCAACACCCGUGGGUGGCACAAGGACACACCGAGGCGGGAGAGCACAACCUGAACCACUUCAAGAACGCGAUGAAGGCCUACAACGCGCGACGAAAGUUCAAGGCAACCAUCAUGACGGUGCAGCUCAUGGGCACGCUGGGGAGAGCCAUGAAAACGAGCACGGUUGAAAAAGCCGCCGCUGCAGAAGGCGACGAUAGCAGGUGGUGUACGCCUCGGUUGCCGAAAAAUGGUUGGGUGUACCAGGUUGGAACAUGAACGAAACCGGCCAUUCCUCUUUUUGGAAGAUAUAGUCAUUUGUGUUUGCAACAAAAGCUUGGCGAGCGACACCGAAGAUGUUCGGGAAUCGGCUCAUGGUUAAGAAGAUCGGGAAUCGGACCAGAUCACCUCCUGGCAGACUGCAAUGUGAUCUCUGUUGGGUGGUUAUUGGCAAAGACAAUCAAUCAUUCACGUGCGAUCCCCACCGAUCAUAAGGUAAAAUAGCGUUCUGCGCAGCAGUACGGCACAGUUUUGGAAUCUCAUCCCUUUACAAGCACCACUUUUUACUCGAAAACAUGCUGUGCGUACCCGGUCGAAGUUACUGCGUAUCUUACCCGAUAUGUCCUUCACGAGCCACCUUUCAAGGCGCAACAGUAGAACACUGCAGCUAGCUCACUUAUGAUACCGUGUUUAUGGUGUGUACUUCAUAGAGCCCCGUGGAUCGAGUUUCAGAGGUCGAUUGCUCCGUGGGAGAGGAGGUACUGAUCCCCCAAAUUUCAGCGACACUGUUACUCCAUCGCGAGCUUUCGAAUACGGAUAGUGGUUCGGUAUUGGUACUUCUCCUGUGGAGCAACCGGGCUUUGAAAAUUGCCUCAAGGAGGGCUAUUUCACACCAACGGCUACCCUUUAGGUCAGCUGCUAGGGCGACAUAAGAUACUACAAACACACCAAUUAUCACACACCCCUUCCCGCUUUCGAAUCUGAGACCCCACCUGGCUCCAACAUGCCCACGAACCGCGUCGUCAACUCACUCUUGCUCCCACCCCUCGUCACCUCCGAUAUUUUCUUUU